AGAUUACUUGAUGUCUAGCUAUUUUUGUCCCCCAAAGCUCAUUAGUGUUAUCGCAUGCACCGCGUAGGGGUGCCAGUAAAAACAGUAGGCGCGCGCAUACGAGGCAGGCAGUGACGCGGUUCUCGUGCAUUGAUAUCAGGUUACCAGAAACGUCCGAUCGCGUCCCAAAGCAUCUGCGCUCAGUGGGAAAGACACAGACUCGAUCGGACACUUCGAGGGACAAACUGCUUGAAAAUGUUGACCCUCUUGUCGGCUAUGUACUUGUUGGUGCGCACGGUUUCGGCGCAGGCCAUGCCCAUCCGUGUCCUGGUGACUGGCGCAGCCGGACAGAUCGCUUAUGCUCUGCUGUACAGCAUCGCUAAUGGAGAUGUGUUCGGCAAAGACCAGCCAAUCAUCUUGGUGCUGCUGGAUAUCACUCCCAUGCUCCCCGUGCUGGACGGUGUCGUCAUGGAACUGCAGGAUUGCGCUCUUCCGCUCCUGUCAGACGUGAUUCCCACUGAUAAGGUGGAGGUGGGCUUUAAGGAUCUUGAUGCUGCCAUCUUGGUGGGCUCUAUGCCAAGAAAGGAGGGCAUGGAGAGGAAGGACCUGCUGAAGGCUAACGUGGCCAUUUUUAAAACCCAAGGCGAAGCCCUGGAGAAGUAUGCCAAGAAGACUGUCAAGGUGCUAGUUGUUGGAAACCCAGCCAACACCAACUGUCUGAUCGCAUCCAAAUCUGCUCCCUCCAUUCCUAAGGAGAACUUCUCCUGCCUGACCCGUCUGGACCAUAACAGGGCCCGAUCCCAGGUGGCGCUGCGUGUCGGAGUGCCCUCUGACUGCGUAAAGAAUGUGAUUAUCUGGGGAAAUCACUCCUCCACUCAGUACCCAGAUGUGCAUCAUGCUACAUUGACGAAUCAUGGGAAGGAGAUGACGGCUUUUGCAGCAGUGCAUGACGAAAGCUGGCUGAAGGGUGACUUUAUCACUAUGGUGCAGCAGAGAGGCGCAGCUGUCAUAAAAGCCAGGAAGCUCUCCAGUGCCAUGUCUGCUGCCAAAGCCAUCUGUGACCACAUGAGAGACAUCUGGUUCGGCACUCCAGAUGGUGAGUGGGUGUCUAUGGGCAUCUAUUCCUCUGGUAAUUCCUAUGGCGUUCCUGAUGACCUCAUGUACUCAUUCCCUGUUAUGAUCAAGAAUAAGACCUGGAAGGUGGUUGACGGACUCUCCAUCAACGAUUUCUCCCGCGGCAAGAUGGACGCCACCGCAGCCGAGCUGGUGGAUGAGAGAGACACUGCAGUCACCUUCCUUGGAGCGUGACUUGAUGUACCAACGACAAGGCAGCCAGUAGACUCUUCCAAGUCCCCAAACUCCCGACUAUAAAGUCCUGUAGAUUCCACGGCUGUCCAUGCGUGUGUGUCCGUAUGCAUGUCUCUUAAUGGAUGCUUGUGUGUGAGUGUGUGUCAAAUGUAACAAAACAUCUGUGAUGUAACUUCCUUGUCUGGGGAAUCACUCGCCAGAGAACAUUUCCAGUUCAAAUAAUACGCACAUAGAUUUCCUGACCAAAAUAACAACUGUUUAUCCACCAAUAAAAAUGAAGAAAUA